AUGACGGAGGAUUACCAGGCUGAAUUUGAAUGCCUAAUGAACAAAGUGACAUCGAUUAGCGGACCUGUGUUGAUUUCGGUGUUCAUAGCUGGCCUAAAAGCUGAUAUUCAACGUGAGUUGCUUAUUUCCAUGCCCAAAACAUUGGUGGAAGCUUUUGCACUAGCGAGGGUUUAUGAAUCGAGGUACGCAGAGGCUACACCCAAGUACCGGGUAGCGAACCGAUGGGGUGGUAUUACAAACACAACACUUGAUUCGGGGGGCACAAGAAACACACAAGCUGGAACACCAACCAUAACAGGUAAAGUGGCUGGGAUCACAACCCAGAUUCGAAGUGAUAGUGUUCAGGUGGUGAAAGGGUCCAAAGGGUCCAUUCCAGUCAAGAAUAUUAGUCGGGCUGAGAUGAAGGAGCGACGACUCAAGGGCUUGUGCUAUAAUUGUGAUGAUAAGUGGUCUCCGUCCCAUAAAUGCGCUAAUUUGUUCUUGAUAUACGUAGGAUCAGAUGAGGACUUGGAAGAAAUUCCCGAGCCUUUAGAAGAGGAAGAGUUGACUAUCCAAGGCGAUGCUUCUAGUCUCAAUGCAUUAGCGGGCUCGGAUAGGCCUCGAUCGUUGCGAGUAUGGGGAAGAAUUAACGAGAAGCGUGUCCACGUGUUGAUAGACAGCGGGAGUACACAUAACUUCAUUCGGCCUGAAGUUGCAGAACGCUUGAGGUUACCGGUGGAACCUAUAGCACCUUUUAAGGUUUAUGUGGGGAGUGGCGACUCACUAGUUUGCCGAAAUCGAAGUCUAGAGUUAGCUCUAGAGAUGCAGGGGACGAGUUUCGAAGUCCCACUUUAUGUAUUACCUAUUCAAGGGCCCGAAAUUGUCCUGGGGAUGCCAUGGCUUCGUGAAUUAAGAAGGGUUGUUCAUGACUAUAAACAAUUAACCAUGGAAUUUGAAUGGAACGGUAACAGGUGGUCUACAGAAGCUGAAUUGGCAUUUAAUCAGCUAAAAGGGAUCAUGACUCAGACACCUUUGUUGCGAUUACCGGAUUUUGAAGUGACUUUUGUUGUCGAGGCAGAUGCUAGCGGAACAGGCAUUGGAGCGGUGCUAAUGCAACAAGGACAACCCAUUGCAUAUUUCAGCAAUAAAUUAGCACCAUGGGUCAGAAUAAGUUCCACAUAUAAUAGGGAGUUACACGCGAUUGCGGAGGCUUUACAGAAGUGGAGGCAAUAUCUUUUAGGUCGACACUUUGUGAUUAGGACUGAUCAGAGAAGUAUUAAAGAACUUCUUCUCCAGGUCGUGCACACACCGGAGCAGUAG